AUGAAAAAAUUCAUAUAAUUGUUUAACUUAUUUAAUUUUGAAGCUGAUUAGGAGUAUUAAGAAUAAGCUUCAACUAUAGGAGAUAAUAAUUAUGAAAAUUAACAAAAAAAUAUAAAUAAAAAUGACAAAAAAACAUUAGUUUUAGACUUAGAUGAGACUUUGGUUCAUAGUUCAUUUGUUUAUAUGUAAAAUUCUGAUUUUUAAUUAGAAAUUUUUGUUUAAGACAUUCGUUUUAUUGUCUAUGUAAAAAAAAGACCUGGGUGUGAGUUAUUUUUAGAAGAGCUAAGCAAAUAUUAUGAAAUAAUAAUAUUUACAGCUAGUUUAUCUGAGUAUGCUAACCCUGUAAUAGAUUUGAUUGAUAAAAAAAAAGUUACGAGUAUAAGAUUAUUUCGCGAAAACUGUACAUUAUAUAAUGGUUUUUUCGUAAAAGAUCUAUCAAAAUUAGAAAGAUAAUUAAAAGACAUAAUAAUAAUAGAUAAUUCAGAAAAUUCUUUUUUAUUUUAACCAGAAAAUGCCAUUCAUAUUUUAUCUUUUUUCGAAGAUAUGAACGACGAUCAACUUUAUCGUUUAAUUCCAGUUUUGAUAUUUUUAUCAAAU